AUGGGCUCGACGCCCUCGAAGAAGUACGCCGAGCCGGACCGGGCGCUCGCCGCGUCCCCGCCGAGCCAGCUCGAGCGGAACCCGUCGGCGUCGGCGCCCGACGGCGGCGGCGCGUCGCCGGACAAGGGCGGCGUUUCGCGGCCCGGGCGCGGCAGCGGGCGCGGCAUGCGGGCGACGAUCACGCAGAUGCGGGCGGCGCCGACGCAGCUCUACGGGCGGCUGUCCACGCUGCGGAAGGACCGGAGCUCCGUGAAGCGGCUGCGGAGCCUCGUCGUCUCCUCGCGGAGCCUCGUGCGCUACGAGGACGCCUUCGAGGACGCCGGCGGCAUCAUCCUGGGCGAGGGCCGCCAGGUCGUCGUGCGCCAGGCCAUCCGGCGCGAGGACCGGGCCGUCGUCGCCGUGCGGCGGCUGACGACGCGCGACGUCUCGUUGGCCGAGCUGCACCGCCAGCUCAGCAUCUUCGAGCUCGUGAGCAAGCAGUGCGUCCACCGGAACAUCGUGAAGAUCGAGGGGUUGAGUUUCUCCGACGACGACGAGUCGCUCCACGUCAUGUUCAAGAUCUACCGCGGGGGCGAGCUGCUCGACGCCAUCGUUAGAAGCGACGCGCCCUGGUCCGAGGAGGACGCGCGGGGCCUCGCGAAGCGGCUCCUGGAGGCGCUGCGGUGCUGCCACGCGUCCGGCAUCGCCCACCGCCAGGUCCGCGCGGAGAACGUGCUGCUCAAGGCGGAGAACGACUUCGCGGGCAUCGCGCUCGGCGGCUGGUCGCUGGCCACGACCACGGACGCGCCCGCGGACGAGGCCUCCGUCGACGUCGUCGGGGCGAGCCUGGACCUCCAGUACACGGCGCCGGAGGUCUUGGCGGCGUGCGGCGACGGCGGCGCGCCGCCGCCGGGCGCCUUCGCGACGGCCCAGGACGUCUGGGCGCUCGGCGUGCUGCUGCACGUGCUCCUCGCGGGCCACCCGCCGCUGGACCAGGAGCGCCUCGACGAGGACGCCAUGCGCGCGGCCAUCCCGGCCUACGUCUUCGACGACGGCGCGCCCUGGACCGCGAACGUGAGCGCGGGCGGCCUCGCGUUCCUCAAGCGCAUGCUCGUCGUCGACCCCGCGCGGCGGCCCGGCGCCGGCGAGCUCCUCCAGGACGCCUACAUGCGCAGCGCCGUGCCGCGCGCGACGGUCCUCGACACCGCGGACCUCGCCAAGUUCGCCGAGCGGCGCAAGAAGAAGUUCAAGCGCGCGAAGACGAAGCUCAAGUUCGUCGUGUCGAUGAUCAUCCAGGCGAACCGCGCGAAGAAGCUCACGCAGGCCAUCAUGGAGGGCGUCAAGAAGGAGGAGGCCGAGGCGGCCGGCGACGCCGCGCCCGCCGCCGACGCCGCGCCGACGACGGGCGCCGCGGCGCCCAUCGCCGACGCCGCGCCCGACGACGACCCGGGCCGGGACCGGUGCCGCUUCUCGUUCCUCGCCGACGCGGCGACGGGCCGCGUGGCGCUGAGCUUCGCGGAGCGCGGCGCGGGCGCCGCGCCCGUCGACGGCCACGCGCUCGCGUCGCGCCGCGUCAACGACCUCCUGCCGCUGAUCGUCGCCGCGGCGAACGCGCGCGGGGCGCUCCGCGCGAACCUCCGCGCCGCGCACGUCCACGCGCCGCGCUGGGCCGGCGCGGAGCCCGUGGUCGCGCUGGUCUACGAGGGCCCGCCGGCGGGCGAGGCCGCCUGGCUCGCGGCCGCGGACGCGCUCCGCGCCGACUGCGCGGCGGCCGCCGUCGGGCCCCGCGGCGCGGGCGAGGUCGUCCACGUCGUCGGCCGCUUCAAAGGUUCUACGCUCCUCUCCGGGACCAACGACUUCGUCGUCGACGCCCUCGACCUCGCCGACGGCCGGCGGCCGCGCUACGAGUUCCCCGAGGGCUCGUUCAGCCACCCGUGCGGGUCCGCGAACGAGCGGUCGCUCGACUGGCUCGUCGCGCGCGUCGACAACAUUCGAGCAAACCUCGGCCGCGCGCCGAACCUGCUCGAGCUCUACUGCGGCUGCGGGAACCACACGGUCGCGCUCGCGCCGGCGACGGGGCGCACCGUCGCCGUCGAGGUCGACGCGCGGUUGACGGCCGCGGCGAAGAGGAAUCUGGACCGCAACGGCGUCGCCAACGCGACGAUCGUAACGGACACGGUGGGCGCGAGCCGCGGCGUGCACCGCGCGCUGCGCGCGAAGCGGUCCGGCGACGUCUGUUUUGAUCUGUUGCUCGUCGACCCGCCGCGGCGCGGUUUGGACGCGGCGACGCGGACGUGCCUCGCGGCCUACGACCACGUGCUCUUCGUGUCCUGCAACCCGGCGGCCCUCGCCGAGGACCUGAAAGCCCUGGAGCCGACGCACGCCGUCGCCGCGGCCGCCGUCGUCGACGGCUUCCCGGGCACGCCGCACUGCGAGUGCCUCGUCCACUUUGCGAGGCGGCCGCCGCCGCGGCCGUCGUCCGUCGCCUUCGCCGCGCCCGUGCACCAGCCGCGGUCCCUGCGCGACACGGCGCUCGCCGUGCUGAGCGACAACGCGCGCGACCUCGGCACGGACGCCGUCGACGCGCUCGACGUCGCCGCGGCGUCGGACCUGCUGCGCUGGAUCGUGUCCAAGCAGAAGCUCACGACGUCCAUCGCCCUCGUCUUCAUGCGGAGCCGCCACACGGACAUCGCCGCCGCGCUCGGCCACCUGGACCUCGUCGCCGGCGUCGACACCUACGGGCCCGGCUACGUCCCCUCGGGCGGGCGGGCCUUCUAG